GCACCGCUAACUCCGGUACUACCAGCACUGCAGUGUUGAUCGCGAAGUCUUUUACAGCGGAUAUUGCAUCAAUUGGCUUCCUGCACACAAUGGACGCCAUACCGAUCACGAAGAAGCUUAUAGCGUUCGGGAGCAAGAAGAUCUAUCUUCCCAAAUUCACAGUCGCUCUCAUCCGGACACCAAGGCUUUCUCCAUACCACGCGCGCUUCCUCGUCCCGCUCGACUUCUCAAAGUACGACCUGCGCGACUACCUUUACCACGCCUACAAUGUCAAAUGCUUCAACGUCCGCUCCUUUGUAAAACAAAUGCCCGUGCGCGACACACAAGCACAGCCCCGACACUUCUUCCGUCCUGAUUCGAAGAAAUACAUGACCGUCGAGAUGGAGCAGCCCUUUGUGUGGCCCGAGAUCCCAGACCUCGCACCGUGGGGCAAGGCAGAGCGCCAAAAGGAGACGGAUAUAUCUGUUGAAGCGAGCGGGGCCUUUGAUCCAAUUAAGCAACGAGAUGCAGCGAGGGCGUUGCGGAAGCAAGCGGAGAUGCUGCUGAAGAAGCAGGAUCCGGAAGCGGAUGCGGCCAUCGAGAGGAAGAAGAAAGCAGGCCUUGCGCUUACUCGGUCGGAGCAACACAAAGAGAACAAGAGGAUAGAGAGGGAAGCGCGGUUACAGGAGUUGUCGGCGCUAGAGGUAUGGGAGGAAGCGAGAACAGACAAGAUAGUGGAUAGCGAAGAUGUCCUUGAGCGGCCCGCAGUCAAGGUCUGAGUUUAGUCGUAUCGACUUUGUACAAUUCGAUUGUAUCAUAUUGACGGCAGGGGCUGCGUAGUUCACCUUGACUUACCAUGGUGACAGCAUGGCCUAGGAAAGCAUCGCAGUCUUCGCUAAUACCGCUGGUAGGGGCAGUCCAUAAUCGGAGCGCAGCAUUAUCGCACU